UCGGCCGACGACGCCUCCGCCUCUGGCCAACGACGCCUCCGCCUCCGGUCUCCGGUCGACGAGACAGACGAAGUCUCCUACUCCGGCCUACAGCCGCUUCUGCCUCCUUCUUUCACAUUGUUUACAGGUCUGAGGUUAUACAUCGGAAAUUUUCCAUUACAUAUGGAUGAGGUACUAGUGAAAACAACCAAGAGCAGGAGGAUCCGUAUGGUAGAAAGAAAAACCAGAAAAAGAAGUGUUGGUAAACCCAAAACAAAACACCUUGAAGCCAGGAAUACAAUGGAACGUCCAAAAAAGAAAAAGAGAAGUGUGACAUUGAUCAGAGAUCACUCCAAAGAAUAUCUAUCAAAUUUAACUGUUGAGUUCGACCACUUUGGUAGAGCUAUUGGACCUAACCGCUUUAAGUUCACCAGUUAUCGUGGAGUGACUACGAGGAAGAUGAUUUCUAUCCUGAUAGAUAGUUGGGAUUUAGCGGAUCAAUGUGACAAAGAUCAAUUGUGGUUAAACAUAAAGAAUUAUUGGCAUAUACGAGAUGAUGAUCAUAAAGCACAAGUACUUAGAGAUUGCAACACGCAUUGGAAGGCCUACAAGUCGGAGCUUCUUAAGUUGUGGGACAAUGGUGUCAAUCCAGUAAAAAAAUACCCGUACCUUGACAAAGCAAUGUGGAAAAAUUUCCUUGUUCUAAAAUCCACGGAAGAAUUUGAGAACAUUUGGAAGGACAAAAAACUAUUUUCUAGUGAGGAAUUGGAGGAACGUGUUAAAACAUGGAUGAGAACUUUUGGUGAUAAAGUGAAGCCUUUUUGUAAGGCAUACAAUGAAUCAACCACAAAUGGGAAAGAGAGGUUAGAGGUGACAAAGGGGAAAGAGAGGUUACAGAUGUGACAAUAACAAUUUUUUUUUUUCUGUUUAAUGAACUAAGUUCAUUGUAAUUUUUUUUUCUAUUUCUGAAAAUGAAAACAUGAUCAGUGAUGUCCCACUUCUUAUGGUUGGAAUGGAAUCAUAUAGUAGGUUUGUAUUUUGUAGAGAUUGAUCCUUCGGUUACAAUUCACAUGGUAAUCAUAUAGUAGCUUUGCAGAAAUUGAAAAGUUUGUUUCAGUUGGAAUGGUGAUCCAUGUGUUCCACAACAUCCAUGGACUGGAAUUGGCUGUUUAAUAAGGCUGGAGUGGAAUUGUUUGUUUAAUAAGGCUCUGGAAUGCAAUUGGAGUGGAAUUGUCUGUUUAAUAAGGCUCUGGAAUGCAAAGGGGAUGUGAGACAUCAAGUACGGUUGUUUAUUGGUGUAUUAAAUGUGUUUAUUGGUGUAUUAGAUGUGUAUAUAUGGCGUAUUAGAUGAUUGUAUGCGAUGGUUGUAAAAAGUAGAUAGGAUAAUAUAAUACGGUCAAAUAGCCGUACUCUAUUAUGCAUGUAAUCUAAUACAUCCCUCUACCAAUACGCCCUUUAUGUACGUACUAUAUUUACAAUUUCAACCGUACUCUAUUAACCUUUUUCUAGUAGUGCAUGGACUAUGCUUUAGAACUUGUGACUAAGACUACACUUCUGCUUGUACUUCACUUUUACCUA